UCUUGCGCCCUAGAUCCACUUGUUCUUUCUGGUUUUUUCACACAUAAUAACCCUGUUAUCCUUGCUUUCCAGUAUUCUACCCUCGAAGAUUAUGCCAGUCCCCACUAAUUACAACCCCCACUUUUUCAGCCCAAUCCCCCAUGUUUUUCUGCAUAAUUUUUUAAACUCACCCUGUCUAUUUCGAUCCCGCCCUCUUUUAUCAGGGAUUUCCAAUGAAGUAUUGGGGAUUUCAAGAUUAUGCGCAUUAGAUUGUUGCGCAUGUGCCGCAAAUUUUCAAUCUGUUAAGGUGGCUCGUCUAUGUUGUUUACAGGCCAAGAAACAGAAAGAUGAAGCCAGGUGUAAAUAUGUCUGAGAGCUAAGGCAUGUCGUCUGCAGGUACUAUAUGUAUCACAAUCUAGUUGAGAAAAGACGUUCUACAUAAUGCAGAGAGUAAAAAAGAAAAGCAGCUCAACUCAAGAUGUUGGUUCUGAAUUUAAAUACUCUUCAAACGUUACUGUGUUGAAGUGCAAGAACAUUCCUGUACCUGACCUGACACAAACUACUGCAUCAGCUGUUGUUGCAAGUUUUGCAGUAUUCUGCUUUCUGUGGAGUGUAAAUGGAGACUUUGUUUUUGAUGAUAAUGAAGCUAUUUUGAACAAUCGUGAUGUACGACUAGAGACAUCAUUUUUCUCCAUAUUCAAACAUGAUUUCUGGGGCGACAAUAUUACUUCGUCUUCGAGUCAUAAAAGUUACCGGCCUAUCACUGUCUGGACAUUCAGAAUUAGCUACUGGGCGGCUGGUGGAUACAAUCCAUUGGGUUUUCACAUUGUGAACAUCACACUACAUGCAAUAAACUGUGUAUUGGCCCUUAGAGUUUUUUCAGUUAUAUUUGGUGGUAUAUCAGUUUCAAGAGAAGGCUUUAAGCUUUUCACUUCGCCAGAGUCGAGCUUCCUUGCAGCACUGAUUUUUACAGUACAUCCCAUUCACACAGAAAAUGUGGCUGGAAUUGUUGGGAGAGCUGAUCUUCUUUGCACAUUCUUCUUUUUCCUGUCAUUUCUUUGCUUCACAAGGACAUUUUCCACAGCCUCAAGACAAACAGCAUCUGCUCUACCUGAAAAGUUGUGCCCAGGGUCACUUUGUGCAUGUGUUAUCUUUGCAGCUCUUUCUCUAUUCUCUAAAGAGCAAGGCAUAACUGUCUUAGGACUAUGCUUAGUUUUUGACAUUUUGCAAGUUACUGCAACAAAAAGAAAAUCUUUAGUGCAGAUUACAAAAACUGGAAAUGUUGCUGAGGAAGACCAUUUGUGGCUGAAAACAUUCGCAAAGCGGGUAUCAGUAAUCAUCAUCACAGUGUUAAUUUUCAUGACAUGGAGAUUUCGGGUAAUGGGAGCGAACCCUCCAAAGUUUCAGCAUGGUGACAAUCCUUCAGCUUUCCAAAGCAACGUGCUUGCAAGGGUCAUCAAUUACAACUACAUAUAUUGUCUAAAUGUGUGGUUGCUGUUAAACCCAUUUUGGCUAUGUUUUGACUGGGCAAUGGGCUGUGUUCCCCCUAUCACAUCUUCAACCGACCACAGGAUCCUGGCGCCAAUACUUUUGUGGUUAAUCAUUCUUGCAGUUUUGUGGAAGUGUUGGAUGUUAAUCGAUUGCCAUGUUGCAAGAACACUGCUUAUGCUGAUGGCUUUCUCGAUCGUCCCAUUUUUACCUUCUACGAAUAUCUUCUUCACAGUUGGUUUUGUGAUUGCAGAGCGGAAUCUUUACAUAUCUAGUUUUGGGUUUUGUGGACUCGUUGCUUUGGGCAUUGUUGUCAUCUCGGAAUACGGGAACUUUCACAAGGUGAUCAGAGUCUGCAUUUGUCUGCUAGUAGCUGUAUCAACAUUGAGGUGCUUGCAGCGAAGUCAAGAUUGGUUAUCAGAAGAAAAACUCUUUCGUUCGGCAGAAAAUGUUUGUCCACUGAAUGCAAAAGUUCAUUAUAAUAUCGGGCAUGUACUUUCGAAGAAAGGUGAAACUGAAAGUGCAAUCAAAUACUAUAGAGAGUCCAUAAGGCUAAAUCCGCUUUAUGAUCAGCCACUGAAUAACCUUGGCAAUCUGUUGCAGGAAUUGGGACACCCCUUGGAAGCUGAAAAACUCUUAUCGAAAGCUGUCAACAUCAGCCGUUCUUUUGCGGCUGGUUGGAUGAACCUAGGAGUGACAAAAGCUCAUUUGAAAAAAUAUAAGGAAGCUGAAGAGUGCUAUGCGAAUGCAAUUAGUUUAAGAAAAUAUUAUCCAGAUGCCCAUUAUAACCUUGGAAAUUUGUACCUGGAAAUCAAGAAUUUCAAGAAAGCAGUGGCUGCUUAUAGGAAGGUUAUUGAAAUGAAACCAGAUCACGCCAGUUCUUGGAUAAACCUGAUUCUUUUAUACGAUGAGCUAGGCCAAUCCAACAUAUCCUUACAACUGGGCAAAAAAGUCCUCGCAUUAAUGCCACGUAGCCCUGGCCUGAUGUACACACUGGCCAACGUGUAUGGAAAAGCUGAGAAAUUCGAGGAUGCAGAGAAGCUUUACCUCCAAGCCAUCGAGUUGGAUCCUAAUCAAGCUGCAUAUUUUGGCAACUUAGCUGUUCUAUAUCAUCGAUGGCAAAGGUUCAAAAAUGCAGAAGAGUUCUAUUUGAGGUCGCUGCAAAUCGAUCCACACAACCCAACAACAAUAAAAAAUUACAAAAAGCUGCAAAAGACUCUUUCACACAAAAGAUAAGUAAACCUAUAAAUUAAAUAUUUUAGCAUCGAGAAAACACUGCAAGAAAACACUGCAAGAAAACACUGCAAGAAAACGCUGCAAGAAAACCAAUCUGUAGCUCUGAUGUGUAGAUUUAUUAGCUUUAUUAUUUAAGAUUUUAGGUAGUAAAUAAAACGAUUAUGUAUUUUAAAAUUUAUAGACACUCUCUGCAUUGCAUUCAAAGAACUUCGCAA